AUGGACCAACCACCGCCUGCAAUACCGCCAGAGCAACUUGCUCUUUUAGCGUCCGAGGAUCACGGCCCAAGGACUAUCGGCAUCGUCGUUGCCUUCACUGUGCUGGCAUUCUUAAGCGUGAUUCUACGUUUCGUUACGCGGACUCGACUCACGCAUCUCGUUGGCUGGGAAGAUUAUCUCAUCGCGCUAGCAAUGGCAUUCUCGAUCGCUACAUCAGCAUGUCAAGUCAAGCAAGUGGGAUGGGGUGCUGGCAAACAUCAAGUCUUUGUCGAUCUUCCUUCGACCAUCAACAGUCUAAGAUACCUAUAUUCGAGCAUUCUUACCUACGUUCUUGGCUUCAUCUUUGUGAAGCUCUCCAUCCUGAUGCAGUAUCGACGAAUAUUCUCGGUGAAUGAAGCGCGCAUACCAAUCUACAUCGUAAUGGCGAUCAGUGUCAUUACUGGCAUCAUCGCGUUUUUCACAUUCGCCUUCGAAUGCAAGCCUGUGGAUGCUUUCUGGAAUGUGACCAAGAGGCCUACCGCCAGAUGUCUCGACGAGAAUGCGAUUCGAUACGGCAACAGCAGCACGAACGCGAUCACAGAUAUAAUGAUCGCUGCAUUACCCAUACGGGGUAUCUGGCGCCUGCAAAUUGUGCGCAGACAGAAGAUCGCUUUGAUCUUCGUCUUGACCCUCGGUUGGUUCGUCUGCAUCGUCUCGAUCCUCCGGUUCAACGCACUGGUAGUACUCGCACGACAUCCGCGAGAUAUGUCAUUCUAUUCCGCUCCUGCGAUCUAUUGGAAUGCCAUCGAGAUCAAUCUUGCCAUUGUAUGCGCGUGUGUGCCGACACUCAAGCCCUUGGUCGUCCAGAUCAUUCCAGUCUUCGCGUCUAGGGGAAGCGAAAAUAGCAGCGGUCGAAAGUCGGGUUCCUUGAAGUGGUCGAAGCUAGCUCGUCAAUUCAGGCGUCUCGAUGGCAACGAUGUUGCAGUUGCGAGGAGUACCGACGUAGAGCAAGGCUCAAUGGGUAGCGAACUUAAGUCAAUUACUGCACUCCCGCCCAUGCAGCGGGAGCCGUCAAGUAAAGUGGCAAUUCGCGUUACUCAUGACAUCCAACAACAAUCCAGUUGA